AUGAACAAUAUGAAUGCUUUCCGAGGAACAGAUGCUGCUUCAGUGAAAUUCAAGAAGGAAUUAGUCCAAUUAGCACCAGGAUAUUACCUCGGAGAUCUCCAUCGUCAUAUUUAUAUGACGGGACAAGACCUAAUACGCGAUGCGGGCACUGCAUAUCAAGAAGCUCUGGCAGGAGAAGAAGAUGCGGCUGAAGAUGUUGAGCCGGUUCACCAGAUGAUACCAUCGAUGCAAUCGUUUUGUGAUCUCAGCGUAACCAAAGAUAUGAUCCGAAGCAGCAGAUCAUCCUUCGAAUUGUCGUGCCGGAAUUGGCUCUCAUCUGCCCGAAUGACAUAUCCGGCAUUUGGUUACUUCGAAUUUGGUUACUCGCCAUUCGGGAAGAUUGACUACGAGUCGUAUUUUCAGAACGACAACGUAAUUGGUAAUGUUAUAACCAUAAACAUUGAAUCUUAUCCAGCCUCUUUAUCAUCUUGGUUACACGUACUACCAAAUAAUUUGGUCGGAGACGGUAGCGAUACCGAGACCCUUAGAGGCACUGAGGAUCAGUUCAGUAGUGAUACUGACAACAAAGGCAUCUACGAUUCCGACGAUAGCAAGGAGAGUGAAAUCAUCAGAAAUUUCGAUGAGCACGACCACCCAGAUUCUGUAUCUCUGAGGUCUCUCGAAAAUCCAAAAUCUCUUGUGAGCAUUGCAUACAUCCCACCUCACAAGAGAGGCGGCCCUGAUAACUCACACUCGCGAUCACAAUCCGACUCGACUGUUCUUCGGUUGAAUAACUUCUCAGGAAGAGACAGAGACAGACCGGGAAAUCAGCCUGAAGACGGUUCACAAUGGCAGGAGAACUCUAGUGUGAGCAGACGACCAUUUACUGGAGGCUCUUACAAGCCGCACUCUAGUCCUUACGUGCCAGCCUCUUUACUUAGUUGUCACACCGGCUUAAUGACACAGAGUGUUCACAGCCGAUCGCUCUCAACCCAGUCAAAUUAUAAGGCGACAGGGCAAGGCACAAAGGCAGUUAGAGACCUUGCCGACAAUCUUAACUGCUCGGUCUUUGUCAGCCAUCUCCCAGAGGAUGUCAAACACAAGGAAAUUUUUGCAGUGAUUAACACCGGGUCCGUAGUAUCCGUUCAUAUCAACGAACCUAUUCCUGGACGUCCGUUUUCCGCCGCUAAGAUCACAUUUAAAUAUCCUGAAGGAGCUGCCCGAUUCAUGGUACUAAUCAAUAGUACCAUGGGUAUUCAAAUUCGCGGCCAUCAUUUGGCUGCCGUCUACAACGACUACGGCAUGGUCAGACACGCGCAGGAACAUCAAAGUCGGGUUAUUCAUAUUCAUGGACCCUAUAAACUCAUGACUGAAAGUUUCUGGAGAAAAUACUUUGGCAAGGUCACGAGAUAUCAACUGGAUCACGUUGCUUAUCUGCCAUUUGACCCAAACAACAAGGUCACAAGGUCUAUGGAGUUUCGCUUUGCCAGAAUCGAAGCACAGGCUCAGUCGAUCUUGAUAGCUAUCAUUCAUGAUCCUCAGUUUGAGGGUAAAGUAUUCUGUAAAUAUGAGCCAGAUCCUUGUGGAAAAGGUUGGGAGACCUUACCUCUUAGAUAA